AGAAUUUAAAUGAAAAUGAAAGUUCCAAUUUUUGUUUUGUUUGCAACAAUAUUGAGUAAUCAAUUUGUCAAUUCAGCUGAUUCUGUUACAGAUUUGAUGAAAUUGAUUCGUAAUCAUCGUGCAUCGCCAAUACAAGAGUGCUUCAGAGAUAUUUGCCACUGGCGUUGUGGAGAUUGGAGAUCAAAGUUUCGUAUCUUAAACUGUGAUGACCCUUUUCGACCGGUUAUUGAUUUUCCACCAGAUUAUGAUUUUUCAAAAGAUAAAAAAGAUUUCAAAGGAUUAUUAUUGAGAUUUCACGGAAUCGCUGCGUUCGGUUAUCCGCCUGUUUAUAGAGAAAGCGAUGUGCCACAAUAAAAAAUAUUUAAUUAUAAUUAUUUGAACUUUUGUUGAGUUGAGUACAUAAAUACUUAAUUAUUAUAGGA